AAAUAAUUAAGCAUCAUCCCGCCCGUGUCGAUCCCGUUUCUCUCCAUGACCAGAAAUAGCUCAAAAGGAUGACCGAGAAGGCCUGAGCUCUACUCUAACUAAUAUCUCACUUCCAUUUCUUGGAUAAAGUUCCCCUUUUCACUUCCACUAAUCAGAUUAUUACCUUUAUUUCCGAAGAAAAAGAAGAAAGAAUCGAAAAAGUAUGCUUCGGUCACCACUUCCACUUCACUAUGAUUCCAUUUCCGCUGCUAAAAUGCCUCUCUUUGCAUUAUCAUUUGCAAACAACAGCACUCACAUUUCUCCUUGUACUGGAGCUUUCCGUGCUGUUGAUAUGGGAUUGAAGUUAUGUAAACAAGCCUUUCGUAGCAGUAGCCAUCGAAAUAUCAGUCAGUCACGACGUCGUGCUAAGCAUAGAACACCUAACGUUUAUGCUCGCGGAGCUCAAGAACGUGUGCUUCAGGAAGAAAAAGUGUCUCAAAUGUCAGAAAUGACGCCGUCUUUUAAUCUAUAUCCAGGCCAGGCAUUUCCAUUAGGAGUGUCUGAAGUUGAUAACGGGAUCAAUUUUGCUCUCUUUUCCCAGCAUGCUACUUCUGUUACUCUUUGCCUAUUACUUCCUCAAAGGGGAGGGAGUGAUAGUACGGAUGGUGGAAUGAUUGAGCUGGAUUUGGACCCUCGCAUGAAUAAAACAGGAGACAUUUGGCAUAUCUGUGUUGAGGAUUUGCCUCGGAGCAGUGUGCUUUAUGGUUAUCGAGUGGAUGGUCCACAUAAUUGGGAUCAAGGGCAUCGAUUUGACAGGAGCAUCGUGCUUUUAGAUCCUUAUGCUAAGCUAAUUGAAGGUCGCCGAUAUUUUGGAGAUGCUACCCACAAGCUGUCUAAAUUUCUUGGAACUUAUGAUUUUGAUAGUUUGCCUUUUGACUGGGGAGAAAACUACAAGCUUCCAAAUAUACCAGAGAAAGAUCUUGUUAUAUAUGAAAUGAAUAUCCGUGCAUUUACAGCUGAUAAAUCUAGCGGCUUGGAGCCAAAAAUAUGUGGGAGUUACCUUGGUGUAAUUGAGAAGAUCCCACACCUUCUAGAGCUUGGUGUCAAUGCAGUGGAGUUGCUGCCAGUAUUUGAAUUUGAUGAGUUUGAGCUUCAGAGGCGUCCAAACCCAAGAGAUCACAUGAUCAAUACAUGGGGCUACUCAACCAUAAAUUUCUUUGCUCCUAUGAGUCGCUAUGCCAGUGGUGGCGGAGGACCUUGUAAUGCUUCUCGGGAGUUUAAGGAAAUGGUUAAAGCCUUGCAUGGUGCUGGGAUCGAGGUUAUUUUGGAUGUUGUCUAUAAUCACACAAAUGAGGCUGACGACAAAAACCCUUAUACCACUUCAUUUCGUGGGAUAGAUAAUAUGAUUUAUUACAUGUUGGAUCUAAACAACAAGAAUCAGUUGCUGAACUUUUCUGGAUGUGGGAACACAUUAAACUGUAACCAUCCUGUGGUCAUGGAGCUCAUCCUGGAAAGCCUAAGACAUUGGGUCACUGAAUAUCAUGUGGAUGGAUUCCGAUUUGACCUUGCAAGUGUACUUUGUCGAGGAACAGAUGGUACUCCUCUUAAUGCUCCUCCGGUCAUUAGGGCAAUUGCCAAAGAUGCUAUCCUGUCAAGAUGUAAAAUUAUUUCAGAACCCUGGGAUUGUGGAGGUCUUUAUCUGGUUGGAAAAUUUCCUAACUGGGAUAGGUGGGCUGAAUGGAAUGGGAUGUAUCGUGAUGACAUUAGAAGAUAUAUCAAGGGUGACUCUGGUAUGAAAGGGAGUUUUGCAACUCGUGUUGCUGGAUCAGCUGACCUGUACAGAGUGAAUAAGCGCAAGCCCUUCCAUAGUGUUAACUUUGUAAUAGCCCACGACGGGUUCACACUACAUGAUCUUGUUUCAUACAAUUUUAAGCACAAUGAUGCUAAUGGAGAAGGUGGAAAUGAUGGAAGCAAUGACAAUUUUAGCUGGAAUUGUGGAUUUGAAGGAGAGACUGAUGAUCCUAAUAUAAAAGCUCUACGGUCCCGGCAAAUGAAAAAUUUCCAUUUAGCAUUAAUGAUAUCUCAGGGAACACCAAUGAUGUUAAUGGGGGAUGAAUAUGGGCAUACUAGGUAUGGAAAUAACAACAGCUAUGGACAUGACACUUCUAUUAACAAUUUCCAGUGGGAACUUUUGGCUGCACAAAGGAAUGAUCACUUCCAAUUUUUCUCUGAGGUUAUAAAGUUUCGACGAACGCAUCAAGUAUUUCGCCAUGACAAUUUUCUCAACCAAAAUGAUGUGACAUGGCAUGAAGAUAACUGGGACAAUUAUGAAAGUAAAUUCCUCGCAUUCACGCUUCACGAGAGCAAUGGAGCAGACAUCUAUCUGGCAUUUAAUGCUCAUGACUACUUCAUUAAAGUUUUGAUACCCCCACCACCAUCAAAAAGGAGUUGGUUUCGUGUGGCGGACACCAAUCUUAAAUCUCCAGAUGACUUUGUUCCUGAAGGCGUCCCAGGCAUUGGAAGUGCCUAUAAUGUAGCUCCAUACUCUUCCAUUCUUCUUGAAGCUAAACUAACAUAAUAGCAAGCUGCUGACAGAUGAAUAUUUUGAAACAUUUGCCCUGAUGCGAAGCAUCUGAUUACUGGACUUGGCAGAAAGAUCUAGGCUCCAUGCUUCUAGAACAUGGCUUUAGCUGAAGUGAGUGAUACUCCACUGCCGACGAACCCAUUCAAUAAGAUCCAACAAAGCUAGUAAUGCUUCAUUAUUGAUACCUCUUGGUGUAAACUUGCUUUGUUGUCACACCAAUCUAUCAAUGAUAUCAAAUUGUGUUACGGACGACUUUCAUAGUUUUAGCCUUUCAGGUGCGGCAUCACAUCUUAUAGAAAAUAUGAUCUGUAUGCAGGAUAAUCCCAAAAGAUAAGCGGUUAGUUUUGGCACUAUUAAUGCUUACUUAUUUAACGUCUUUAAGAGACUUUACAUUGUGGAGAAUGUAACAUGAACUCCACGAUGACUGAUAUUAAUUAUCAUGCACAUUUGUGUUGA